AUGUCCUUUUUUCUAAACAAUAUUGUCUCGGAUAAGAUGUUUGAAGACCUGCUGAACGAUAAGCGCAUUCUUUUAGUCAGAUUUGGAUAUGCAGAAGAAAAGGAGUGCCAGCGAAUAGACCGCAUGCUGUCUGAGCUGAAUGGGAUGGUUUGCAGAUAUUUUGCAAUUGCUGCAUACGAAACCAAGGACGUGGCAGACGCACUGCGCAGAAAGUACAAAAUCUCAGAGGACACGCGCCAUGUGCUUGUGUUCUUUUCAAAGCGCGCGCCCAUCUAUGUUUCUUUCUGCAAACGGCCAAACUUCCAGGUUUCAGAAACAAUUCCGGGGACAGACGAAAUGCUGUCUCUUUUAAUUAUGGUUCACCAGGGGAUCUUCCAUAAUAAGAAAAUAAUCAAUGUGUAUGGCACAUACUUUGAAAGCAAAAAAUACCAGAGCGCGCAGAAGGAGGAGUUUCUUACAUAG